AUGCCUCGCUAUGAAGACAGUCCUGCGGGACACCGAUCUGGCGGUCACUCACCGCUCGAUCACCGGAGACCCGAUCGGCGUAUGAAGAGUCCAAUGAUGGGCGGCGGCGACGGUAGGCGUCGACCGCAACGCGACUCACCGUCGAUGAGACCGCCGAUGAACUCGCGGGACAAUUACGACGACUACCGGAACCACUCGUCGGGCGGCGGCGGAGGACACCAUCGCAACAGCGAUGUCGGGCCGUCUGGAGGGGGCGGCGGAGGGGGUGUUUCGAUGCCCUAUAAGAUACUCUGUGUGUCAAACAUAAGCAACAAAUACAGCGACAAUGAGGUUCGCAAUGCUCUGACGCGAGAGUUUCACCGCUUCGGCGAACCGAACGUGAAGCUGGUCUACGACGACAACACACGGCUGGCGUACCUCUACUUCGACAACUACGACGACGCGCGCGACGCCCGACACGCCAAGAGUCGACUCGUCCUCUUCGACAAGACUAUUAUCAUUGACCCGAUCUAUGAUCGCACGCCUCAACAGAUGCCCCGUCGGCCGCGUUCUGUCACUCCUGAGUACCCGAUGGGCGGCGGAAGUGGUGGCGGCGGUUCCCGUAGGGGCGGCGGUGGAGGCGGUCGCGGACCUCCAUCGCCACCGAUGCCCAGAGGCCGACCCCCGCCUCCACCUAUGGGUAGGAAUUCAAUGAACGAUAUGAAGUAUAUGCAGCCGCAUCGAGACAACUAUCGGGACAUGCAUUCAAUGCGUAAUCAAGACUAUCAUCACUCGGGCGGUGGUGGAGGAGGCGGUAGUGGUGGCGGCGGAGGAGGAGGUGGUGGCGGCAGCGGCGGUGGCGGUGGUAACCGUCAUCAGCAGCAACAGCACCGGGAGUCCAAAAAGGAGAAGUUUCCCAAUUAUUUGCAUCACAUCGCGCCCGAAGAGGACGAUAAGGCCACCCGAACUCUGUUUGUCGGUAACCUAGAGGUGACGAUCAGUGACCCAGACUUGAGGCGCAUAUUCGAGCGCUACGGCGUUGUGGAGGACAUAGACGUGAAGCGUCCGCCGCCGGGCAAUGGGAACGCCUACGCGUUCAUCAAGUUCUUGAACCUGGAUAUGGCUCACAGGGCCAAAGUGGAGAUGUCUGGCCAAUACAUCGGCAAAUUCCAGUGCAAAAUAGGCUACGGGAAGGCCACCCCUACCACACGCAUAUGGGUGGGCGGACUCGGCCCGUGGACCUCGUUGUCACAUUUGGGCAAAGAGUUUGACCGCUUCGGCGCCAUCCGUAAGAUCGACUUCGUUAAGGGCGAUAAUCACGCGUACAUACAGUACGACAGCAUCGACGCAGCGCAGGCCGCCUGUGCAGACAUGAGGGGCUUUCCACUCGGCGGUAACGAUAAGCGUUUGCGCAUCGAUUACGCCGAUCCGGGCCCGUACUCCUUCAUGUCGCCCACACAUCCCGGUUCAGCCCCACCGCCCGUUGGCGGCAGUGGUAGUGCCGCAGGAGAUCCGUAUCCGCCGUCGACCAGUGGUCGCAGUGUAGGCGCUCGAGACGAUGCGCCCGACGACUGGCCCAAUAAUCACGGCUCGAAGUUUGGCCCUAAUUCUGGCGAAUUUAACGACUCGUUUGAGAGGAAUUCGUCACAAAACCGGAGCCGAGAGUUCAACGACGACCCGCCGAAGAGGGACCGGGACUUAGUGGCCGGCAAUAGCGGUAAUUACGAACAGUGGUGGGGCGACGGAGCGUCGGGCGGGCCGUAUUCACCCAACUCUCAACCUCCGCGUCGACGUCGAGGUACGCCCGACGCCGGAGAACCCGGCCAUAAGCGGUUGCGACGUAACAGCGGUUCGCCGACUCCGGGCGACGACCGAUCGCCACAUCGGCCGCACUCUAUUGGACGCAAUUCUCCUGCAUAUGAGACGAAUGGCAAAGACAAUGACGGCCUCAAAGUGACCAUCAGUGAGACGGUGUCGACGAUCGGCGAGUUAGCCAAGUGUUGUCCGCCCGCGUGGAGCGGCGGCCUUAUGCUGAAGAGUAGUUCAUUCCCGUCA